UUGGGAAAUUGUGCAACGAGCUGAAUGAUGAUAAAUUUGCAUUUAUGUCACCAUCUAGACUAGUGAUAAAUCACAAGCGUGAAUAUAAACGUAUUGAUGAGGUCAUUCAGUAUAUGACAGAGUUUUUAGUUACAAACAAAGAUAAGCGUUUUAUCUUUACACCAUACAUCCAAGAUGAUCAUUGGAUGUUGCUUCUAUUUUGUUUGGAUGAAAGUGUCAUUUACGUGUUUGAUUCGUUGAGAAGGGAGCGGGAUAUUCGGUUGACAACACCUGCACGAACGGCAUAUAAACUGUAUGUAGCACAAGGUGGCAGAAAGAAUAACCGAAAGGAAUUUCUUUGGUGUCAUGCAGAUGUUCAGUGUCCUCAACAACAAGGAGGUACGGAGUGCGGUUUAUUUGUUAUGAGGUACAUGCAUGAAAUAUUCCUACUUUCUCAAAAAAAUCCUAAUACCAAUUGGAAAGAGGUAAGAACAAAAUAUAUAGUUAAUGAUUCUUUUGGGAAUAUUAAACUCAUUAUUUUGCCUAAAUAUGUUAUCAUCAUUUGCAUUUGUAAGGCCCUAGGCCCUGGUUCAAGAAGGUAUUUAAAGAAGGAACUCAAUGAGGUUCGAGAACUGUGGGCUGAGUUUUUUACAGUUGAAUGUCUAUAAUCAGUUAGUUGACAAACUGUAAUGGCCAAUACAAGCUUUUUAGUGCUAAGGACGAGAGCGAAGACUUCGAGGCAGCUGGCUUAUUACUGCACUGAUUUCAUAAUUUUUAGUGUUGACAUGUAAUUUCACUAGAAGAAUUAUGGGUUGUAAUACAUUUUAAUCUUAAUGUACAUUGAUUAAUUCUCACA